ACCACCAACUGUUAAACAUAAUAUAACGUUAUAUUUAACGUAACAUUAAAAAAAAAUCAAAUAAAUUAUUUACACAGCAGGGUUAACACAAGCUGGGGCAGGUCUCUCGUCAACAGUCAAUAAUCAGACCCACUCUGAGUCAAGCCUUGUGGCAGAAUAUUGACAAUGUCUGGAUUAUGUUGAUUUAUUCAUAUUUCUUUUGUGACUUUCUCUUCCCCUCUGUCACUUUCUCUCUCUUGCUCUCUCUGUUCCUCACUUUUACUCCAUCUUUUUUGUAUAGUGAUAUCUAUAUAACUCAUAUUUUCUCUGCAUUGCUUCAGUCACACUUGGAAGAAAAAGAAGGGGGUGGAAUAUUACAAAUUAUCUUGAGUGCAAGAGGCUUGAAGAGGAAAUCAAGUUUGUUAGAAAGACAACUUGGUAUAAGACGGAAGAGAAUCUACAUUCCAUACCAGUGAUGCAGAAUGAUACAUUUUCCAAAAAAAGAGCUGCAACAACACUUGUGACAGUAAAUACCUUUACAAGGAAAUGAUGUGUCCAUUAUUACAGUAAACAAAUUCAUUAAUCACACACCUAGCAAAGAAUGGGGAAACAUCACAAAAGCUUUUGUCACAAUUCACAAAAGUAAUUUUUGGAAUGUUUACAUAAAGAAAGUACCUGAAACCUUUUCCCAGUGAGACUCCGCCCAUGCAGAUCAUGUUGAAGAUCCUGACUGGUAACAUUCAGACAGCUCUGAACAGUUUUCAGUUUAUCAGUCAGCAUACAAGCCUACAAAAUGGACACCAACCCUUGGAAAAAGGAAGAAAUCAGCUGCCUGGUUUGUUUGAAUAUUCUAACAAAUCCUUCUACUCUUUCAUGUGGGCAUAACUUCUGCAUGGAGUGCAUCACCAAAUACUGGGACCAGGCUGUCAGCACUGGUAUCUGCUGUUGUCCCUGCUGCCGACAGACUUUCACCCCAAGGCCCACUCUGAAGAACAACACCAUGUUGGAGAAGAUGGUGGUCAAGCUGAGCAAGAAAGUCCAUCAUGACUGCCCUCCACUUCCUGACCAUGCAGCUGAUAACACACCCGUAUGUGCUGUGUGCACAGGGAGGAAAGGCAAAGCCACAAAGACAUGUUUGGACUGUCAGAAGUCGUACUGCCAGAGUCAUCUCAGAACCCACCAGGUGCGCGCUUUGCUGGGGACACACACCUUAGUGGACGCAGAGCUGGGGUAUCAAGGGAAGCUGUGCCCCCGGCACAAUGAGCUACUGGAUGUUUACUGUCGAGAGGAGAGGCAGUGCAUCUGUCAGCAGUGCAAUGAAGAAGAACACCAGAACCAUGAGACUGUCCCUGUUGAGACUGAGAGAGACAGAAGACAGGCCCAGCUGACUACGGUGCAGGAUCAUUCUAGAUGUCAACUCCAGGACACAAAGGUGCUACUGGGGACACUGGAGGAGGCUGUGGAGGCUAUGAAGGCCUCAGCGCAGGCUGCAGAGGAGGACAGUGACAGGACGUUCUCUGAGAUGAUGAGCUGUCUGAAACAGAGGCAACAGGAAGUGAGAGAGUGUAUCAGAUCCAGGACGAGGGCUCUGGAGGACAAGGCAGAACAGAAACAGGCCCGUCUCAGACUGGAUAUCGAGACCCUGCAGAGGAUAGACAUGGAACUGGAGACAUCGAGGAACAUGCAAGAUACCACCCUGUUCCUGCAGACUUGGCAGCCAAUCAGCAGGCUGCCUAAACGCGACUCCAGCGUCGUUAUCAGUGAGAAAGCUACAUUUGAUGGUGUGAAGACUGUCAUCAGUGAAUACAAAGAGCUCUUUGAUGACAUUUCGAAUGAUUCCUUAGAAAUAUUCACGCACACGCUUGGGAACGUGCUGAUUUUGGAACCUCCAGUGACCAUGGCGAAACCUCAGACCAAAAACCUGAGACGAGUGGAUACUCAACUCCUGCCAAAACCACCAACACCUCUUCCUAGAUCACGUUCUAUGCGUGUCAUCAAACCUCCGGUUCCACCUUUCAUUCUGAGGAGCAGAGCGGACUUCUUACAGAAUGCUUGUCAACUCACCCUUGAUCCAAACACGGCACACACCAGCCUGGUCCUCUCUCACCACAACCUCAAAGCGACGGCCCAACCAGGAAAGCAAUGGAGAAGACGUUCCACAAAGGAUUGCCCAAUGAGCUUCAACCACUGUGAACAAGUUCUGUGUCAGGAGGGUUUGACUGGCAAAAAAUACUACUGGGAAGCAGAAUGGACUGGCAAGGAAGUGGUUAUGGGUGUGACCUAUGAGGGGAUUCAAAGGAAAGGGAAGGAUGAGCAGUGCAUGCUGGGCCGCAAUGAGAAGUCCUGGAGUUUGACGUGUUCUGAGCUCUAUUACUCUGCCUGGCACAAUAACGAGGAAACCAGACUGAUGGCUGAGGUGUCUUCUCCGAGGAUAGGUGUGUGUUUGGACCACCAAGCAGGCACUCUGACUUUCUACAGCAUUUCUGAAACCAUAACUCAACUCUAUAAGUUUUAUGUCAGGGAGUUCACAGAGCCACUCUACCCUGGUUUUGGAAUUGGGGUGAAGAGCUCUUUGAAAGUCUGUAAACUGAGGUAAAUAAUGAUGAUGCGGAUCGGGGAUUGGGAAUGUAGUUUAGCAAUGAUCCUUAAUUCAUGACUAACAUCUGAAGCAAUAAAACGAGGAGAAGAAAUCAAUUUUCUUUUCUCUGUUGUUCCAGUUUA